GCCUUUUCCUCAGAAUAAUUCUUGUUCAAUUUUAGAAAUCAGUAGUCUAUUUUUAUUAAUUUGUUGUUGUUUUUUUUAAUCGAUGAGUCUUUAGGUUUAUCUUUAGAGUAAAACGAAACCACCUCAAUAAAAAGUUGAUAAGAGGAAUUAGUCUGUGAAUUUCUUAAGUACCCAAACUUUUUGAACCUGUUGGUGCUAGGAGGAGAGAAAAGGACAAUAGAUAGGAAAGAAGGAGCCAAAGUAAGUCAUCUUGAAUUUAUCACUAAUUGGGUUGUUGUCGGGGUUUUUUCUGUUCCAGUCUCCCGUUGACUCACCAGAUCGUGUGCCUGUCCCGUCGACAUGUUUCUGCUCCGUAACCUGGGCGCCCACGUCAUCCUGGUGGCGUUCCUUGUCUGUCGGGUCGGCACGGUCCAUAUGGACUGGCCAGGGAGUGGCCCUGUUUCGUCUGAAGACGAUGACGACAGUGACGGAUCGUCUGACCCCGACUCGAAGGUCAGUUCUGGGGAAGUUGGUCAUCAAUACGUAAACCAAGAAGCGCAGUUGGACUCCGAGGACUCAUCAGAAAACGACAACUCAACACAUGCAGUUGGCCUUCUUGCGAAUCCGUUCGUGGAUGUAGAAGACUCUCACGUCAAUGAUGAGAUUGAAAGUAAAAAAGAGAAGGAGAAGGAAAAAGUAGUGCCUUUGUGCCCGACGGAUGAAGUUAUGAACGUCAGCGUCGUCUGCACACACCAUAAUGAACUUCACCUGCACUGUGUUGAUAAGGGGUCAGACGUCUGCGCAUGUUCCUCAGACAGCAGAUGUAAAGAGGCCCACGAGGGGAGCAGCGCGCUGUGUCUGUUCGUCUGUCUCCCCAGUCCUGACGUGCCGGACGAUCUGGGCAACUACUUCUACCAGGUGUUUCGCCACGUCAUUAACAAAGGCGAGGGCAAGUCCUCCGUGAAAAAAGACUCGGACGAGAAAGACAAAGACGAGGAGAAAAAAUCCUAAGCGAACAGAAGAGUUCCAGACUUUUUGUGUGUUUCGUUUAAUUAAUUAAGAGGACUUUAGUUGACGUUCGAUGUGAAGUCGUGACUUAAGAACCAAAGAGUUCGAUCCCAAGAUACCUUUUUAAAAAAAUAAUUUAUACCAUUGUUGUUUAUCUUCUAUGUCUUGAGGAUCAAAUUUCCAAAGCCGAAAAGUAAGAUAAAAUCGUACCAAGAAACGUGCCCUAUUUUCGUCCCAUCAAAGUAUGGUGAAAUUGGUCCUGGUAGAUACAGCCCGUGGACCUAUAAAAUAAUGCGAUUUUGAUAUAUAAGUUUUUUGGGGGUUUUUUAGCUUAAAGUUUAUGAUGGUACACCUCUGCAGUCCUUAUGCCCUAUUUUUGUCCCAUCAAAUUAUGGUGAUAUUGGUUAUGAUGGACCCUGACCUUUUACCUGCAAAAUGAUACGAUUUUGAUUUCUUUUUUCUCUCUUAGUUUCAAGUUUAUGAUGAUAAAGCUCUGUAGUCCUUAUGUCACACUAUGCUUGAGAAACGAAUUUCUGAAACUGGAAAAGAAGUAAACGUGAGUUGCUUGCGUAUUCAA